CCAUUUUUACGUUCCUCUCGGUCAAAGAUAGUCAGUUCAUUUUCAUAUCUGAAAAAUUUAGGGUUUUGAAAUGUGGAGGGAGAAUGGAACUCUCUGAAGCAACCUCUGUUGUUCCCCCAAAUCCCGAAAACCCCUGCACCAACCACACUCAUUCCGACCAGGGGUCUCUGCCUUCCUCCCCGGAUCCCGAUCCCACACCAUCUGAUCUAGAUCAUGCGGUCCUCGAUGAGCUUCAGAAACUGGAUUUGAAAGAGCCGGUGGAGGAGGGGGAUGGAGAACCUGAUGAGUUGCAGAAGCUGGAUUCGACAGAGAAGGUGGAGGAGGACGGAGUUGGUGAGUUGCAGAAGGUGGAUUUGAAGGAGGAGGAGGACGGAGCUGGUGAGUUGCAGAAGCUGGAUUUGAAGGAGGAGGAGGGCGGGGAGGGAGUGGAAGAAGAAGAGAAGAGUUCCGGUGAGAGAGAGGUUGAGAUUUUAAACGGAGAGGAAAAUGAGAGGCAGAGUGAGCAGAGUUGUCAUAGCGACGGAGGAGGCGGAGGAGAAGGAUGGGGAGGAAAUCAGGGGUGGGAGGAGGAUGGAGGUGAGGUGGAGGAGAAGAAGGCGGAGGAAACUCAGGAAAGUAACAGAAGAUAUCAGUACCCGGUGAGGCCGGAAGCUGAAGACUGUUCGUAUUAUCUAAAGACCGGGUCUUGCAAAUUUGGAUCCAAUUGCAAGUUUAAUCACCCUGUUAGUAGGAAAACCAACCAGGUGCCUAGGGAAAGGGUCAAGGAUAAGGAUGAGUUGGCAGAGAAUCCAAGCCAGACGGAAUGCAAGUAUUACUUGAGGUCAGGGGGAUGCAAGUAUGGGACAGAUUGCAGAUACAGCCACAGCAAAUUGAAACCUUCUGUAGCUCCAGUUCUUGAGCUUAAUUUUUUGGGCCUGCCAAUUCGACCGGGUGAGAGAGAGUGUCCCUACUACAUGCGAAAUGGCUCCUGCAAGUAUGCAUCAAACUGCAGGUUUAACCACCCUGAUCCUACAGCUAUAGGAGGAUCUGAGCCCCCAUCUGGAUUUGGCAAAGAUGGUCCUGCAUUGUUACAAAUUGCAUCACAAUCAACAGUGGCACCGUGGUCUGCACCACGGCCAUUGAAUGAGGCUCCAAUUUACACACCAAUGAUGAUUCCACCACCUCAAGGGAUUUCUUCUCAAAAUUCAGAAUGGAAUGGUUAUCCGGCUCCAGCAUAUGUACCAGAAAGGAGCAUGCCUGCACGUCCACUAUAUAUGAUGAACAACUCAGUGACUGAAACCAACGUCUACAAACACUAUCCACACCAGAAUCAAGUUGAAGAGUUCCCAGAAAGACCUGGCCAACCUGAUUGCAGUUAUUUCUUAAGAACGGGAGAUUGCAAGUUUAAAUCUAAUUGCAAAUAUCACCAUCCAAAAACUCAGACCGCCGUAGCCCCCCUAUUCACUGAACUCAGUGACAAAGGCCUACCGUUGAGACCAGAUCAGAACAUUUGCACACAUUACAGUCGCUUUGGCAUUUGCAAAUUUGGGCCAGCUUGUAAAUUUGACCACCCGACACGUAUAUCAUCUUCAACUACAUCUGGUCCUGAUCAUCAACUUCCUUUCGGUGACUGGGCGACUACUAAUGGGGUGGGAAUAGCUGGGAGCAGACGUGGAACUGAUGGUUCAAGUCAGCCGCAGCCCGUGCAAUAAGUUAUGCAUGAAUGCUUUCCUAGAGCACAGGAUUCGCAUCACCGAGGACAUGUGUAAUCUCUCUUUCGGUAAAUUUAAUCUUAGAAAUGUAUCAAACCUUUUCACGCGGAUGACACGAACUUUUUAGUUGUGAAUGAAACGUGUAAAUGAUUUCUUAUC